AUGGAUGAAAAACGAAAAAAGAAAAGGAGGCGGAGGGCCCACACGCUCCUCUCGUCUCCUCCACCGCAGUCACUUCCCUCUGUUUCCUCUUCGCCUCCAGGUCUUUCUGUCUCUCUCCCCGCGGCGCCUUCGGCGGCGGAGCCGGGCAGCCCAGCGCCUCGUCUAGAGCCGCUAAAUCUGCUCGCUGAGGCAGGCAGUGCCCCGCCCCCCUCUCCUGGCGAGGCGUGCGCGACUUUGCAGAAGAAGAAGAAACGGCGCAAGAAGAAUUCCCAUUCCCCUCUCGCUGCCCCUCGAGCAAGCGAAGGCUUGCCACUUUCCUCUCCGUCCUCUUCCCCGGCUUCUCUCCAGGGGCCCCUCGAAAGUUCAGCUCUCGUCACCAGUCCAGACAUCGCGCGCUUCCUUGAAGCCCGCGGACUCCCUUCCAUUCGCCUGCCGCCGUCUGUCGCUUCCAGCCCUCCGUCCUAUGAUUUGUUGUCCUCUGGCAGUUCUCCCCUGCCGGCUGCGGCCUCGGCUUGCUCGUCUCUAUCUCCUGACGCCUCAGAGGUGCGUGCGGCCUCUCUGGUGAAGAAGAAGGACCGCGAGAAAGAGAAGGCGAAGAACAAAGUGAAGGCCAGCGGCUCUCCGCUGCGUGUGUUCUCGGUGCUUUCGAUGGCAAAGGCCCUCGCAGGGUCCCUCGGCAAAGCGAAGAACCGACAGGAACGGGAAGCCGCUGCGUCGAAAGACAAAGCGCCCUCGCCAGCCCUUCAGACUUCCACGGGGCUACCGUCUCCUCCUCUCCGCAAUCGCGUGACGAGCCCAAAAUGUCCUUCUUUCGCGUCCUCCUCCCCGCGUCUGUCUGCCAAGCCGGUCGUCAUCUCCGCGUCAGACGCCUCUGCCGCGUCGCCUCGCACGUCUCCCUUGUCGCGGCCGGGAGAGCUGCGGCCGCCUCUCAGGCCCGACGAGGGAGAGGAAGCAGCCGAGGAGGUUCGUAGUCAGGCUGCGCAAUCCUCGGCAGCCGCUCAGUCCAAGGACGAGCGCAUGCGAGACGGAGGAGCGACAGACGCGAGAGGCCCAGACGGCGGACUCAAACGGAAGAAGAAGAAGAAGAAAAAGAAAAGGCGAGACGUAUGCGACGAACAGAGAGGGGAGGCGGCGCUAAGGCACGCAGAGAGCGACUGCGCGGCUGACGGCCUCGUCUCUGGAGUCGCGAGCGAGAAGCGGCUCGAGAGACGAGAGCCGCUGUCUCCGCCACAGCGAGAACGUGGCGGGCCGCAGGAGGCGGGCGACGCCUCCCCAACAGAAUUGGAGACGGAGGCGAGACAGGCAGAGCUCUGUGCGACCUCGAGGACAGCGAGGGACAAAAAUGAGGGGGAAGCGGAACGCGACGCAGGCAGGGGAGAGAUGAGAGGGAAAGUGCGAGGAAAGGCGACGGAGGGAGAGGUGAAGGCGAAGAAACCAAGCGGCGAUGCAUCAAGACGGAAAGAAGAGACAGAGGCAGAGGGCGCAGGAGAGCGAGAGGCACUGCGCGGGGGAUCGCUUCACUCAGAGCCUGACAGGCCUCAACGAGAAGGUGCGCAGCUGAGGGAGACUGGGCUGAAUUGGUAUUCGAGCUCUUCAGACGAAGAGGACGAGCGGCAUGCGCGACUCGAGCCUCACCGCGCAUCGAAGAUCGACGGCGACGCCUCCAAGAUCGACGGCAAGGCUCCUUCGUUUGCUGAGCCAGGGCGACCUGGCCCUGAUCACUCUAGCUCUUCAAAAGGCUGCGUCGGAACUACGGUCGAGAAGCAGCGGCCGAGGGAGGAGCGCCGACGUGAAGUGGGAGACUCGAAGAGAAAAGAUGAGCAAGCGGAGAGUGCAGGGAGGGGGGGAGGGCCCGAGAGGAAGGGCGUCUGUGGCGCCUUACUCUCCUCGCGGGCGCCGGAGUGCGGGCGCCGUGCCGCGGGCGACGCGGACGCGAGGAAUCUGUUUGGGUCGGGAGAUGAGGCCGAGGACGAAGAGGAUCCGGAGGUAGAAGACGAGGAAUUUGAAGGUGAAGACGCUUCGGAAGACGAACUCGAUGAGGGGGACGAAGAAGAGGAGGCGCUGGAAGACGACGCGGGCUACCUCAGCGAAGAAGAGGAGCUAAGCGAACCGGAGUCGCCUGACGACGCGGCCGGCUUUAUCGAGUCCGAAGCAGAAGAAGGCGAAGACGACGAGGAUCGGGAGACGACAGAAGAAGAAGACUUUGAUGAGGAAGAGAGCUGGGAGGAAGACUGGCAAGAGGACGAAGAGGGAGAGAGCGGAGGGGCCGAUGAAGAGGAUGGGGCGAGCGAAGCUGAAGCUGACGACAUACAGGAAGACGACGAUGAAGCGGACUACGAGCUAUACGAUGAUGAAGAGAUGGAAGACGACAGAUUCCUCCCUUCCGCUCCUUCUUCAUUCUCAUCUUCGCCGUCGUCGUCUGCUCGCUCGUCUCCGGGGCAUUCGCCCCGACCGCAUUCGCUCUCGCCUCCGCGCGCCGCGUCCGCUUCACCUCGUGCUGUCCCCACUUCUCUGCCUCUCUCUUUCUCCUCGCAGUCUUCGCCGCCGUCUCGUCGUGCCUCUCAGUCCCACACUGUGUCUGCCUCUUUUUCGGUGACCCCCCCGUCUUCGCCGCGGCCUUCCCGACGACCGCGAGGCACGCGCACCGCGAAGGAGGAAAAAGAUGGAAAGGCUGAAGUCUCGCUUUUGCCGCGGCGAAGCUCGCGGCUGGCGGGCGUGGCUGCGUCACCGCUCUCCCCCUCUACGCCGCGGAGCAACGUGCGCUUCGCUUCCGUCGAUCCGUCUUCUUGCACGUCUGUGUCUCCCUUCCCGUCGGCUGCGUCGCAGCUGGCCAAGAGCGGCGCCCAACGCGGUCGCGGAAGGGGCACGGUCUCGGUGCGACAGGCCGCGGCUGAGGCGACCAGCGGCGGCCGUGGGGGCCGGCGGAAGGGCAGCGACUCACGCACAGACACGGAGGAAGAAAAGAAAAAGCGGCCGCGGGCACUGUCGGGCGGCGUGAAAGACGACGCAGGUUCGCAGCGUUGCUCGCCGCGGCGAAAGGGCCGUGCGGUCAGAUUGAAGGUUGGCGAGUCUUCUCCAUUCGCGGCUGCCCUCUCCCCGUCCCCUUCGUCUCGCGGGGCGAGCAGUCGCGCAGCGUCAGGCACAAAGAAGGAGGCAGAGGAGACCGGCAGGAAACGAAGGAGAACUGUCGGCGACCAGAACGACGCGCGGAGUGCCGACGGUCCGGCGGGCUGUCAGCUGACCAGAUCUCGAAAAGGCGGGCAGCGGGAGGACUCCCAGGAGGCCGGCGCCCGCGCGAGGGACGGACACCAAGAGCGAUCUGCCGGUCGAACGCGAACGAGGAGGAAAGGAGAGGACGCCGACGGCGGCGGCGAAGGAAGCGCAGGACGCGGACGCCGACAGCCUCAGGAGGCGAAGGGGGACAGCAGAGGCCACGGACCCCGCCGCGGGGGGGCCUCGAGUCUCCGCCGCUCGCCGACCGCAGCGGGUCGCCUCUCUUCCGCCUCUCUCCCAGACGACGCACGUCCCGCCCCUGUCUCCGCUGUGUCUGCCUCGUCUCUGUCUUUCACCGCUUCACAAGCUGGGCACGACGUCGAGCGCGCGCGCGACGGGAGCGAGGGGGAGGGGGGCAAGGUUUUUAGGCGUCGUCGCCUCGCACGCCUCCUUUCGCCUUCAGACAGUGAGGACGAUGAGCGAGAGCGAGCGUCUGGGGCUUCGGCUCAACACGGACAGAGCCUCCAGCGUCAGCCUCCCUCUAGUAGCGCGCCUCCUUUCCCCUCGGAGUCUCCCUCUACUCGUCCUUUACCGGCAGCGACGCCGGCGUCUCCUCGCUGCACGCCCUCAGCGCCUUCUCACUCAUCCCCCUCAUCCCCGCCUGUGGGACAUCCUCUGUUCGCGAGCGGGCCUCAGCUCGAGCGAGACGAUGACGUUCAUGCAGCGUGGAAAGUCGUGGCCUCGCGAAUCGACCAGCAGGUGGCCGCGCUGCGGCGGCUGGCGCUCAGCGUGGAGAGGGACGCGGCGCACUCGAAGAAGGCGGGCGCUGCCGCCAGCGCCAGGCAGACGCCCCCGGUGGCGAAAGCGGGACAUACCGCGAGCUCCGUCGCACCCGCCGGCGCGCCCUCCCCGCAGCCACAGCAGCGGCCGCCCCAGCCCCCGCUCGCAGGCGAAAGCCGCGAGGGAGCGGCGCCGCGGGAAGGCCCGGGCGGAGACUGGCGCGACGAGCGCAAGUCCGCAGCGCCGAGGCACGAAAGCGACCGCGGCGCGCAGCGCCCUGAGGGGGUGAACGGCGCCAAAUUCAUUUUGGGGGGCUUCAGGCCCUCUAAGCCCCGCAGGAGGCGCGAGGCGGCCUCGCUCCCUUCGACGGAAGAGGCCUGCUCUGCGCCGGCGUCUGCGGCGCCGCCCCCUCACGGGGACGGGGUCGGAUCCGCGGCGGCUCCACAGGCGCAGCCCGAUGACGGACUCGCAGCACGCCAAGAAGAGGGGGGGGGCGACAGGGUGCCGUUGACUCGAGAGGGCAGCCUCGCGUCGCCUGAGAGAGGCGCAGGCCAUGAAGAAGAGGAUGAGCUCUUGCCCGACGAAAUUGACUGCAACGUCACUCUGGAGGAUGUCGGAGGAUUGAGCGAGGCGAUUUCGGUGUUGGAAGAGGCGGCGGCGGGCCUGCUGAAUCCGCAAUUGUUUUCUUCGUUGUCUUCGACGUGUUCGCCGCUGCUGCGCCCGCCGCGAGGAGUUUUGCUCUACGGGCCUCCAGGCACGGGAAAGACGCUGUUGGUGCGGGCGUUCGUGGGGAGUCUGCGGCGCGCGGGUCACCGCGUGUCGCUCUUUGUCCGCCGCGGCGGCGAGCUGCUGUCCAAGUGGGUAGGCGAGGCUGAGAAGAGCUUGGUGCAGCUGUUUGCGGCCGCGGAGAAGCACGCGCCCUCAGUAAUUUUCUUCGAUGAACUCGACGGCAUGGCGCCCUGCCGCGAGAAGAAUGCUUUCUCCAAGUCUGGCGGCGACGGCGCGGCGGGGGACUCGCAGCCGAGCUCGGGCGUCGGCGAACAGGCGGCUCUUGUGGCCACGCUCCUCGCCCUCAUGGACGGGUUGAAGCCCAUGCAGAACGUGCUUAUAUUCGGAGCCACCAACUGUCCCCACUUGAUCGACGGCGCCCUCCGCCGCCCUGGGCGUUUCGACCGCGAGUGCUGCUUCGCGCCGUUCAACGACGUGCAGAGUUGCCUCGGCAUCCUCAAGAAACUCCUGCGUGAGCAGCUCGGGCAGAAGAAGCUCGUCGAGGACGCCGAGGCGGAGAAGCGGCGAAGAAAUCAGAAAAAGGAGCGCGAGCGGGCGCAGCGCGACCCCGCCACGCAGCGCCACGGCGGCGGCGUUUGGGGGCUCGCGAGAGAAGGCAAGCGAGCGGGAGGAGAUUUGGAGACCAUACACGAGAAGAGAAACGCGGCUGACGCGCCGGGCUGCGGUGACCUCGCAGGAACGGCCGACUCGAGGCAGGACGAGUCGGGCGCGGAGGAGGACGACGAGGCCGAGGGGGGGCCAGCAGGCGGCGCGCCAGGAGACGGAAAAAACGCGAAGCAGGAGGAGAAAAUGAGGAUAGAGGAGGAUCUGCUGAACAUCGCUCAAGAAAUGCGAGGCAUGACUGGCGCGGAGGUGCAGAGGGUCGUCAUGGAAGCUGCGAUGGCAGCCACACGCAGAGAGAAACCCGAGUUGUUCGACGUCUCGCUGCUUAGCCAGGCUCAGACCGCCACGCGCAACGAGAGUGCGGAGCAAGAGCUGGACUUGGAGGACCCGUCUUCCUUCUCGUUUUUCGUGUCAUCCUCGUCUUCCGACCGCGACUCUUCGGGCGGGGUGUGCGACUUCGCCUCGUCUCCGUCGGCGUCCCCUCUCUUCGCUUCUCGGUUUCUCACGGCUCUCGGCGCGCAGCGAAGACGCGCGACCGCAGCGCCGUGUCUGGUGUCGCUCGACGACCUGGAGGAGGCUGUGAGGCUCGUGAAGCGCACCACAGAUCGUCGGGGGGGCGUCUGGUCUGCGACGGCGUCCUCUUCGCGGGGCGGUGGAGAUGGGGUUGGCGGGCGAGAGUGCGCCCGCAAGGUGCAAGGCGACGAGAGCGGAGGCAGCGUGACGCGGCGCGUGAUGGCCCUUUUAGACGCCAGGCGCGGCGAGGCGCUGCUUGGAAGGCCCGACCGCUGCCUCCAAGUGAACAGUCCCUCGCGUGGCGCCUCCUCGCUCUCUGCGAUUUCGUCGCUUCCCUGCUGCAUCGCUGACCUCAACGCAGAAGGCCACGGGUCAGGCUUGGCCGCAUGGCGAGACAGGGACGCGGAAGAAGCGUCUUCCCUUUAUGCAGGCUUCGCCGCGAGUGCGUCCGCAGGCGGCGGACCUGCGUCUCUCCGAGGGUCUUUGUCGGCGUCGUCGUCUGCAUGCUGCUGCCUGUGGGCGGCGGCAGUUGAAGUAUCUCCGCUCUUCCGGCGGCCCGUGGCCUCGGUUCUUCACACGCUGUUUGCGCGGCACGACGACCUCCUCUUUGACGCCUGGCAGCUGAUUUUGACGCGCGCGAAUCUCCUCGCGCCGGACAGUCAGCGGCCCGCCUCCUCGCCCUCGCUGACCUCGCCGGCCUCUCGCUGGACGUCGCCCUCGGCCUGUUCGCUUGCCUCAGCGCCCCUCGCGUGCGCAGAGAGUGGUGCGCGGCAGCUAGGGACGGGCGAGGUCCAGGGGACGGACAGUCUCUGCCUGAGCAAGCAAGGCAGCAUAGCCCCCGGUAGGGCCUUCGCAGGACAGGCGCCGCAGGGGCUCGGUGCGGCGGCCUUUCCGCUGGCGCUCCACGGGGAGCUCGGCGAGUCGCGACAGCGAGGUGCGAAACGCGGGCGCGAGAGCAAAGACCUCGGCAAAGGUGCAGAUCUGGGAGACGACGGGGGGCAGACACGCGACAAGCGACGCUCUUCUGACGGCGCCCCAGGCGGGCCUCUCUGGGGGGGUGGCGCAGGGGACGGGGCGGAGACUGGCCACGAAAAUGACUGGCUCAGGCGAAGCGAAGCGGCUCCUGCGGCAUUCGAGGGCCGCCUUUCGCGGCUUCCUUCGUCGCAGGCUCCGUUGCAUCCGUAUGGAGCUACGUCUCCUUUCCAUAAUCACCCAUCCGAGGCCCGGAGACCCAAUGUCCCGCUGCUCGACGGGGCGCUGGCCCACGCAUACCGGCGAGGAGUCGGCGGCGGCGCGUUGAGCUCCAAGUGGCUUCUCCUCAGGGCCGGGGGGCGCUUCUCCAAAGGGGCGAGGGCAGGCGCCCGAGCUGCGGCCGCAAGCGCACGCGGCGACAAAGCAACUUCGCAGAAUCGAACAAAGCCAGAGAACGAAGAAAUCGACGAUGGGUUUUCGCUCAGCGUUCUGCGGGGCUGCUUGCUUCCCGCGCUUCUUAGCGCUCUCCAAGUCGGCGCACGCGUGGAGGUCUCCCCCGCGACGCUCUUCGUGGGUCCCCAGUCGACGGGACCGGGCGGGACGCCUAUCGGAGACGUGCUCCACCGUCUGCUUCACGUGGCUGCUGGCACGGGGGACGGUCGAAACGGCGCUGUAAUUCUCCAUCAAACUGCCGAACUCUGGGCCUGCCUCAGCUCGCUGGAGCGCCUCGCCUUCCUGGACUGCCUCCACCAGAGCGCCUCGGGCAGCCUCCGGUCUUCGUCUGGCGGAGGAGGUUCGGCGUGCUUCUUCGUCGUCUUGCUUGAAAAGAACGAGAAGCUGCCGGCGGACUUGAGCCGCUUCAUCGGGACCAGCUCGUCGUCGUUUACCUCGUCUUUCUCUUCGUCGGGUUUCUCCUCUUCCUUCUCCGUGUCGCCUCUCUCGCCGCUGCCUUCCGGCUCGCUCUUGGAGGGUCGCAGCGGACAGAGAGGGAGGAAGCGGCUCGAUGGAGCAUGCAGCGCGCGCGACGGCGACCGCGUGGAGGUCUUCGUGCAGAACCCGACUAUCUACGAAGGGGCCGCCCUGUUGACCUGCCACUUCCUAGAAGCGCUCGAGAAGCGCAUCCGCUUGUGGCUCGAGAGUCGCGACGAGGACGACCGGCGUCUCCUGCGCUCAAAGGCGCGCUUGCUGCUCGCGACAGGAAGAGAGUCCUCUUCAUCACCCUCCGCCCUCCCGUCCGGUGGGGCUUCUGCGGACGCAGGAGCUGUGGCGCGCUCGCCGCUCCUUCUCGACACGCGGAAGGCCUUGCGCAGCCGAUGCCCGCGCACAGAAAAGCCCGACGCUGCCUCGUCUUCGGCUGCGCUCUCGCUGUCCGCCGAAGCCCCCCUGUCGCUGGCCUCGUUCCUAGGCGAGGCUCAAGCGGGCCCCUGCGGUCGACCGCGCCCCGGAGUCGCCUUGUGCCUCUCAUGCUGCCUCGCCCAGGGGCAGGCGAGCACCGAGCUGAAGAAGUGGACGCAGGUCACGCGUCUGCUCAACAUGCAGCAGCGGUCGGCGCAGCGCAAGCCCACGAGGGUCCUUAGGCCGCGCGAGCCUUCGGCGGCUGAGACCCAGCGCGCGGGUGGCGUCGAGACCUCUCAGGAACUGGAGAAGUGGGAAGAGAAGACCGCCAAGGCGAAGCUGCAGCGGUCGCUGCAUCUCGUUCUAACGCAUGCGCUGGACGCGAUGAGCAAGGAGAAGGCGCGCGAGCAAGCGCGAGCGGCGGAGAGGAGAAGGAAGGCAGCGAAAAAACUGAGCGACCAGGGAGUCGAGAAUGAGGCGCGGCGAAACGCGGAGGCGGAGACGAUCGACGAUGAGUCUGAGUCAAAGAAGGUCAGCGAAGAGGUGGAAAGCAAGAGAAAAGGGGGAGAGAUGCCAUUAGUGCCGGCAGACCGGCGCGGAGACACGGGAGAAGAGGGUCUGCGAGCCUCCGAGAGUGAACCAGCCCAGGCCACAGUGGACGGCGACGGCAGCGAGCGCGACAGUGGGGCAGGAUCUCAGGAAGAUACAGAAGGUGACGCAGGUGAAAAACGCGAAGUGGAAGAAGGGGAUGAUGGUGAGGACGAAGAGGAAGAAGAGGAGCUUUUGGCGUUUCACGGAGCUGAAGAAAACGACGCUGGUAACAGCGAAGAUCGCUUGCAGGAACAGCCUGCGACCCUCAGGCGGGUCGAUGGAGAACAGGAGGGCGAAACGGGGCACCGCGUGCCAGACCGACCUGCAGAGCAGGUCCCUCUUUCCCCUUCACGUUCGACGGCGAUGUCCGAGGCAGACUUCGAGGGGAACAAAGAGGAAGAAACCGCAAGCGAGGAGGAAGGCGCCUCGCAAGCGGAGCCGCAGCAGGAACACGUCCUCACCCCCACAGAGUGCGCUGGAGAGAGUCAGUGCGACAGCACAGAGCGGACCCGCAGUGCAGGCAGGGUGGGCGAUGCCGCCCAGGAGCGUCUGCGAGCGUGUGAGGUGACGCUGGGCGUCUGCGAGCGAGACGACGGCAAGGGCGAAGGAAAAGAAACAGUCGAAAACACAGAGGAACACAGGGAAGACGAGGCGUGUGAGACCCCCCUGCAGGAAGCCGCGACAGCCGACGUCGAUGGAGGUGAUGUGUGGAUGCUGUGUGGCCUCGAGCUGCUCCUGGGAGAGCUGCAGCGGCGGAACUCUGCCGGGGCAUAUGGCUCUCUAGAGGCCUUUGAGGCGGAUCUCCUUCUCCUCCUCCUCAUUCUCCGGCGUGUCCUGCCGCAGUUCCUGAGCGACCUUCAACCUCCCUCGAGCGAACGGACGAGGAUCGUGCACAAGACACAGAAGGGAGAGCUUCGCGGAGUGAAGGCACAGACACAGAGAGAGAGGGGCGAGACAGUCAGCCAGGCUGAAAGUGCGCCGCAGGAUUUUGAGGGGUCGAUACGAAGCUCGAGAGGGGAUGUGGGCGCAGACGAGCAGCUAGCCGAGGCUCGAGACCGCGCGAGAACGGCAACCGGCCCUCUCGCUGACUCGCGCCCUUCAUCUGCAGGCCAUGAGGACGAGAUGUCAGACAGCGUCACGUCGCAGAGAGGCGAGGGAGUUUCAGAAGACGGGGCGGAGCCGCCGCGACGCGCGAGAGACACCCGUGUGGCUAGCCGGUUCGUCUCACCCGCUGCGUCUCCUCGCGUCCUCUCUCCCAGUGCCUCGCAAGCUCCCGACCGCGACGCGGGCCUAGACGCGGCGGAAGGAAAAGCUGGCGAGGAUGAGAGCGCGCGAGGGCGCGAGAGGGACCAAAACUCGGCGGACAUCGAAGAGGAAGUAGGCGAGGUAUUCCAGGUCCUGUCGAGUGACGUCUGGCAGUUCCUCCUCACGCGUUUUGGACCGGCCUGGGGCGAGCUGGAGAGGGAGAGAGACCUCUUUGCGCUCGUCGCGCUGCGCCAGUCGUGUCGGGAAAGACUCGAGACCCUCGGCGAGGACGAGUUCAGGCGAAGGAGAGCACGGCACGGAAAGGGCGACGAAGAAGCAGCCGCGCGAGAAGACGCCCUCCCGGUUCGAGGUAGAAGGUUGGAGUUGCCGUUGCGCCGACUCGUCCCGCUCGUCCAGCGUGCGAUGGUGGCGUUCCUCCACAAGCGGCAGUCACUCAUCGCACCGGGCGAUGACGCGGCAACGCGCAGGUGUCGGCAAGACUUAUCCUUUCACCCGGCGGAGUCCGAUGCCUGGCAGAGCACGCUGAGGAGAAGGCCGCAUGCCAGUGUCUCGUGUCCGUCGUCUUCGCCGUCUGCGUCUCCGCCGUCUUCCUCUCUGCCGUCUUCCUCUCCGCCGGCGUCUUGGGAGAAAGAGAAGUCUCUGUCGCAGUGCUCGACGUCCUCUCGUCGCGGAUCUGUCAGCUCCACGACGCGGGAGCCCUCCACGGAUUUCGCGCCGUCGUCGCCGACGGCCCGUUCUCCCUCGUUCUCCACGUCCUUUUCUGCUUCUUUCUGCUGUCCGCAGUCGCCGCCGCCGGGAUCGGACUCUGCCUCGCUGUCGCUGCCUCUCGUGGAAGAAGUGCUGGCGGUGCGCGGGGCGCUACUGCGACAUCUCCUCUCUGCGCCGAGUCUCGGGAUGUUUUUGGAGUUCUUCGAGGCGUGUUUCCAGCGCUACGCCUCUCUCUCCUGCGCCUACCAGACGUUCUUCUUCUCCGUCGUGCCCAGCAUUUGCCCGCGGCUAGAGGCGUUUCUCCUCCUCUCGCGGGCCGCUCGACGCGCCACGAACGAAACUAUGAGGCGCCUCGGAUCCACCUCUCCUGAUGUCGCCUCGGCGCCGGAGAACGGAAGUUCGGCUUCCACGUCCCUGCCGUUGUUCCCUGAGCGCCCUGAGACUUCGGCCUCAACGGUGACUCUCUCUUCGUCUGGUGACCCUGUGCAGGCGCCGCCGUCGUGCAGAACGUUUGCUUGCCCUCGUCCGCCGGCUUCCCCUCCAUCACGCGUAUCGGCUCGCUUUGAGGCGGCGCUGACGUCGGGUUUCGCGGGCGCGCAGUUGUCGCCCGUUCCGCUCGACUUCGGAGACGAAGAGGAGGCAGCAGCUGACCUCGCGCCGCUCACGCGCCAGGGACUGCCCCUUUCCUUCGUUGUUGCCUCGUUCUUGUCAGCCCCGGCCUCGCUUCUUCCUCUUCCCCGGGCGCGGCGGGAGAUGGAGUACGCCGCAUGUCUCCUGCGUGGGGGUCGCGACAACGCGGGGCGAGACUGCGCGCUGUCGGAGGUCAAGGAUAUCGCCGAAAAGAUGCGCAGGGACAAGCAGAGUCAAAAUGUGUCAGCACCCCUGCAGCCUGGCGCGAUGCUGGUCACGCUUCCUCAAUGGCUGAGCUGCCCGCGUUGUGGGGAUCUCUCGAGCUACCCUCGCACGUGCGACAGCAGAAGAAAAUCCCAGACGCUGCGGCAGCUCAGCGAGGGGGAUCCCCCCUCCUCUACUGGGAGUCAAUUACACCUUCCUGCCCAUGUGCAGGCUUGGGAUAUGUCCGCCCCGCUUUCCGCGCCUUGUGCGUCUUUAGAAACCCUCGCAAGAUUAGCGGUGCUGAAUGGAGGUGGCGAAGCCGCAAUGAGCAGGAAGGGAGGCCGCCUCGAACUUCUCUCCUCUUGGCUCCAAGAGGAAGAGCGAUGCCUCUCAGGCGUCGCAGACACAGCGCGUGCGGAAGACGGGGGAGGCGAGAGUGGAGUCGUUCACGAAACAGCGGGAGAGCCCGAGGGAUGCCGACAUGCUGGCGCAGAUCGUGGAGAGAGAAGAGAGGACGAGGUCUUCCAAGCAGGCCCCUUGAGUCUCCUCCUUCAUGUUGUGAACGUUAUGGCUCAAGACUUGUUGACCGCGUAG